AUGCUCCCUCCAUCCUACGCGGAAGCUACCUGGCAGAGCUGUCCUGGAAAACGCGACUCACUCCGUCUGCCUCCCUACCGUUACUACCGCUCCGCAAGGUACCAUCCGUAUCCUCGCUUCAAACGAGAUGCAGUCAGGUUGGAGACUAAGGAAGGUGAAGACCUACUUAACACUAUCUUUGACAACAGCAGAGUGGCAUUAAAUGUCCCUCCUGCACUCGCUGGAACUCGCCGCCCUGCUAUGCCCUUGGAUAUCCAGGCGCUGAUGAACGAGGAGAUUGAACUUGCUUUGGCCUUUGACAGGCGUGGCCAUCGUUUGUCGCGCAAAAUGUGA